CCGAUCUAUGCAGCAUCCCAAUUGCCUUCUAUUAAAAUAAAACUAUACCUCUCACAACCACCCCUACACCAUCCAAUUCACAAUACCUCACCCCCAAACCCAAGAAUAAUUAGACAUACUAUACAUCGAAAAUGAGCUACACAAUCACCACCCCCCCAUCUACCCUCCUCCCCCCCACCAGCGCCGCCAUGAUCUCCUUCCUGGAGAACUUCUACCGCAUCAGCGACACCGAAUCCCUGCACAACGAAUACGUGACGAAUUUCACGGAAGAUGCGACGCUCAUUAUGGGCUCGAAAGUUGCGAAGGGGUUGGAUGAAAUCCUCACCCUCCGCCAUGGCCUCUGGACCCACGUCGCACGCCGCAAACACACCCCCGAACGGGUGUAUUUCGGCGCGGAGCGAGAACUCAUGCUGUAUGGGACGGUGAGGUAUGUGCUGAGGAAGGAUGUGGAGGCUGGAAAGCCUGAUGAGGAGAUUGAGGUGCCUUGGGCUGGGAGGGUCGUGUUUGAUGAGAAGGUGGAGAAAAUGCGGUUUUAUCAGGUUUAUUUGGAUCCGACGGCGCAGGGUGGGAAGAAAUAGGUACUUAGUUGGGAUUGAGGAGUAGGUUGUGGUGUUUAGAAGGGGAGGGUAUCAAGUGUUGGAUAGAUGUAGUUGGUGGACGGGAAUUGAUUGCAAGGUGAUGGUGUAUAUAGUUGGUUCUUGUAUAUGGUUGUAUGCAUUACAUUGUUCUUAUGCUGCGGGUCUCGUUGAUGGGUUUGCAUAUAUGCUCAAAUACCUAUGUCUCUGGUGGCUGGCUUCUAGAUGGGCUCUAUACAUCUAAUCGGGAGAGGAAAUCUAGGCAAAAUUCUACACCAUGUAUGAAUUGUCCUUUAUGCCCGCAGGAACAACCAAUUGAUCGAUAAA